AUGGUUGAUUAUGACGCUUUUGCUAAUGAAACAAAAGCUCAAAAAGAUGCUCGAUGUAAUGGCGAAGGUCUACAAACUACAGUGAACAAUUACUAUCAACAACAGAGAACUAAACCAACUGGAUCUGGAACUUUCAAACGAAUGGCAACGAAUAAUGGCGAGCCAAUUAAACUCAGUGAAGACGAGCAAAUGUAUGACGACGGUGGAGGCGGGUGGAGCCAGGCACCUUCUCAUAAUUCUUUUAAAAGAACCAAUAAUCAAAACGAACGUGACGAGCGUCAAUAUCCAACUUCGAGAACAUUUACAAGCUCACAUCAUGCUGGAGCACAGCAGUUGUCUUAUCAAUCACAACAACGUGCUUUUAACUCAAAUUUAAACUUUCAACAGCAGUAG